CCGCGCAGAGCUGUCGCGAUGCCACUGACGUUGCCGAUCUCUAAAUCCCAACGACAGCUACAGAUACAGUCGCUGCCUGCGGAGCAGCGCGCAGUCCAACUGAGUACCGUGAAGGCGCUCUUACUUAAUGCCAAAUGGCUCAUGGAGCCUGACGGUUUGGCCCGGGCAGAGCUCACCCAGAUUUCAACAGGGCGGUUCACCAGGUGCUACACCGCUGCGAAUCAUUACUUCCAUCCCUACGACCAUGUGCAGUUCACCGCUGUUAGAGCUGCUGGCAAGGCUGACAUUGACAGGACGCCAGGCCGUUCAGCUUCUGGGUCGCGCUGCCGGCGAAUUGAAGAGAUCAACGAGUUGGGUCCACUGCUCAUCACAGACGUGCGAGGUCCCAGGGAAUUCAUUGUGAAAUUGGAUAGCUUGGACUGCGAAGAAGAUGGUUUUGGUGGAGUAGCAGCUGUGCCCGUCAACAUGUACAAACUUUGCUCCGAAGUUGUGAUCCCUGCAACAAUUUGCACCGAGAAGAUUUGUCGGGUCAUCCAAAGUGAAGAUUUGACGAAACUGAGUGCUGCUCUUGCUUCACAGAGCGACUUCACUCUGUUGCAAGGCGUACAGCUCAGCACUGGUCUGAGACUGCCCGCAGGUUUGACAUUGCAUGGCCGUCUAGCAUUGAAUGGUUAUAUUCGGAAACUUCAUUGGGAGGCCACGCUGCGCGAAGCCCAAAGUUGGUUCAGCUCGCCGCGGCGCAACCGAGACUGGGAAGCGGUGAGGAGUGUGGACGCAGGGGCCAGCGAGUUGGAAAACAAGCUGCAGGACUUCGAGAAAGUUGCAGCUGGGGACUACUUGGUCUUCAGAUCUGGCAAAUCCUUUGCAGAAAUCUGCCAUGAGGGUUUGGCUGCCAAUGCCUACGUAUCACACUUCUGGGGUCAGCCCUGCAUCGAUUUACUGAAGAUUUUGCAGCACUAUGCUGACACGAUGGCACCGCAAGGGUCUGACCCAGCCUAUUGGAUUUGUACCUUUGCCAACAAUCAGCAUCGUGUGGACCUGGGAAGUCAUUGGAAAAAGAGCCCUUUCUAUCAGGGUAUGUGUGGCUUGACAACCACUGGUGGUUCUGUGCUAAUGGCAAUGGAUUCUAUUGCUUCCACUUUGACCAGGAUCUGGUGCAUCUUUGAGAUUUAUGUUUGUGCUGAGCUCAAUCUGCCCUUGCGGCUCUUUUCUCCGGACGGAGACCUGUCACAAUGCCAGGGCCGUGCUCGUGCAAAAAUCAUCACAGAGAGGAUCACUCAGUUAGAUUUUCGAAGAGCCGAAGCCUCGGUAGCUGCAGACAAAUCCAUGAUCCUGAAGGCCAUUGAAGACUUGGAUGGCGGCCUCGAACGGGUGGAGUGGACGGUGAAACAGUUGGUCAGUGACUUCGCAUCCUUCCUCUAUGCGAGCCAUCGUGCUGAGCAUCCCGUUACAGGUGAGCCACUGAGCCUGAAUGAGGAGGAGGGAGACAUGUUUCCUUGCCGCAUUCGCGGCCGCACAUGGUCCACCCUUCUGCGAAGAAAAGGCUUGAGCCUGGAGGCGAUUUCGCAACAACUGCAGGGAGGCGCCUUGUUCGUUUUGGAAGGCCCUGGUGGCAGUGGGAAAUCUGUGGUAAGUAAAGCCUUGGCGAAGCAUGCCAUGAAGUCUGGUGUGCUGUCGCUGCGAGUGCCUGUCUCUCAGUUGGCAAAGGUGUGGGAAGAUCACUCGCAACAACAACGAUCAACAGCCACAACAGCGACAGGUCGUAGCAAUGAGGAUUUGCUGGUGCUCUGGGGCCGUCGACGUUUUGGCAAAGCUGCAACCAGAUUGGCCAAACCCAAAGAUCCUAUCAUUCUAAUUUUGGAUGGCUUGGAUGAAGCAGGAAAUCAGCGCGAAGCCAUCAUGUCUUGGCUCAAACACCACGUACGGCAUCGAGAAAACUCACAGAUCUUCAAAGGCAUUCUCGUUACUUUCAGAUAUCCAGAGGUAUCGAAUCGCUCUGGUUUGCUCCGCUUGGGUUUCAGCUUCCUUGAAAUCGAACCGCUGUCCUUGAAGGAUGUGGUCAAAGCGGCGCGGAACAGCGGACAAGAGUGGAGGGUAUCUAUCGCAUUAGGUGGAAAGGGCUUGAAGGCUGAACUGUGGGAUCGUCCAUUGAUGGCCGCACUUUUCAUCGAUUUGGUGUCCACCGGAGCCCGACUGGCCACUAUUGAUGAGAUUGGAAUCCUGCGUUACUUCUUUGAGAAGUUGUUGCCUCCAGACUGUGAAGCUCUGCAACAGACAUUGACAGGCCGAGCGGCGGGAUCAGGCUCAAGCAUUCUGGACAAUCCCAUGGAUGUUGGUGAAGAACAGCUGAAGAGGAUACUGAUGAAACUAGCUUGGCUGAAGACUGUGGACGGCAGCCGCAUUAUCCAGGAAGAAGAUCUUCGUCGUGCGUUUGCUGCGUGUGGUUUGGAUUGCAAGGUCCAAGUAACAGCUUUCUGGCACGCUGCAAGCCAGGGUCAGUUGCGACUCUUGGAUCAUGGUGAAGGAUUUCUACAGUUUCUGCACUUGAGACUGCAAGACUUUUUAGCAUCGGAGUACCUUUGGUCCAUGGGCGAUUGGCAAGCUCUGCGUUGCGUCAGCGGUGCGGGAUACCGGGGCGAGGCAGCUGAUGAUGCAAGAUACAAAGGUGCGCGACGCUUGUUGGUGGAACUGCUGCGAGAUGGCUCUUGCCGUUCGGAGGCCCCGGACAGCAACGAAGCAUGGUACUUGCUUUGUUGCGCCGCAAUGUCCAACUCGGUGGAGGGAGUGCGCUGUGCUUUGCGACUCACUUCACAAUCACCGGACGCUGCUUGGCAGGUUCUGGGUCGCACCGUCUUUGCCCCGUUGCUACCGUAUUUGAAGGCAGCACCUGAGUUGGUCUCGGCUGCACGCUGGUCUGACAUGUUUCGACUUUUGAACUGGAAUGGAGCUUUAGCCAAUGGUACUUUGGGUAUGGGUGCUGCUGGCGGACCUUCUGUUGUCGCUAUUGUUGUCUUAUGUCUUGGUUGGCCAAGGGUCCAUCUUCAAUAUGUCUGGCUGCUCCACGUUUUUGUUGGUCUGUCGGGCUUUUUGUGGAUGGCCUGGCUGAGUCUGGUGCUACAGCUUUUGUUCUUAUACUAUGGACGUCUUGGCGGGAAUGUGUACAGCCUCCUGGUGCUUUUCCGAUUUGACUGGGACUGCUAUAGGUUGCACAUCAUGGGCUAUGGGCGAGUCAAGUUGCGAGCUGAUGAUGUCAACUUCAACCUCAUCCUGUACAUGGGAUUCUGGAAAGGCUUGCUCGUGCCACCCUUCUGGGCGAUGUGGGCAUGGACAAGAUUUCGAAAUUUGAUUCUGAAGUGUAUCUUUGUGUUCUUGGGUCUCCUGAUGGGAAACAUUUGCACCUUGCUUCAUACAGCGAUAGGCAUUCUGUGCGCCUUCCCCCUUGAGAUGAUCGGAAUGUACUGUCUCUUGCCUGCCCAUUGCCUUUUUCAGAUCCUCUGCAGUGCCGCUUCCGGGCAUAUUGCAAGUCGGAUUGGAACUGCUGUGCGUUCUGCUUUGCCCGCGCAGAUCAUUGGCUCAUGUGAUGAGGAGAAAUGCACUCCGAGUUCCAGCCGUGAAAGCAGCCGUGGGGUCAUGCCUGCCAUCCGUGCACAGGAUUUGCUUCGUGCAGGCCUUGACUUUUGGACACAAAAACCGGCAGAACAAUCUCCGGAAACUCUUCACAGUGUGACUCCUUCACCCGAAGACCUGUCUCCGACUGAUCGACUACUACGAGCGUUGCGGAGAUCUUACAGCCGACAGCCUCAGGACACGGAUGAACUUUGCUGUCAGUGCUUUCCAGGGAAGUUGAUCUGAAUCGCAAGCAGUUGCCGUCGAGUCCUCACCUUGAGCUCAGGAAGUCGCAAAACAUUCCCUGUGCUCAGAUUAGCUCUUGGGGGCUGAUGUUCAUGUCGAAAUUCUAUUGACUUCACGGGUCUCGUCCAACUUUUACUAGAUUGAGGCGAGGAAAUACAGCAUCGAAGGUCUUGAGAGCUGGAGACGUGCGGCUGAAUUGUUCUAAGUCACCUGUAUUCACCAUGAAGAUUGACUGGGACCUGGUGCAUGAUGCUGUUCUUAGCGCUGGUUACACUUGGGAGCAUGGUCCCAGCAUGGUCGUGAUCCUUUGGUGCCAGCAUUUCAAGAGCCUUUGUGAAGACUGCUUCUUGGACGCUUCGCCACAACUAUUGCAAGGCAGGAGAUUGGAAUUGACCUGGUGCAUGUCGUGCCCAACCUUUUUCUGAAGCCUCAGCGAUAUGAGCUGUGAGGAUGUGACAAUUUGUUUCUUGUCAACUCCUGGGUUUCUUCCUUGCGCCAACAAAGUCUUGGCUGGGCGAGAAAGUUGCCAGGUCGAUGAAGGCCUGAUAAAAGGAGCCUUUUGGCGCGGUGUCA